AUGGAUAUUAAAGACGCACUAAAAUCGUUCAUGCACGUCCGACUGGAGAGCCACACGAAAGAUGUUGACGAAGAUAUCAAAUCUUACAUCGAGCACCGACUGGUAUCCGACCAGCGACUACAAAGUCUCCAAAGCUCGCUCAAAGAGGACAUAAAGCAAUCCUUACGAGCGAAAUCAGCCGGAAUGUUCCGUCUCGUGCAAUGUACGCUUGAUUGUAUCUCCACCCUGCGUACCGUCAAAAGCAUUCGGUCGGCGCUACAACAACUCCCCGAAGGACUGGGCGAGACAUACCGGAACAUACUCGUCAGGGUUCCAAAGAACGACAUGGGCCUUGUGCGAAAGAUACUCCUUUGGCUCUCCUUUUCCGUCUUGCCUCUUACUCUAGAGGAAUUGCACGCUGCAAUAGCCAUCGAGCAGGGGUCAGAUGGAACCGACGAAGACUCAUUCCUCGGUAGCACCCAGGACAUUCUGAGCAUGUGCGGAAGCCUCAUUACAGUGUCGGAUGAAGGCUACGUCCAGCUAGCGCACAUGUCAGUGAAGGAUCACUUACUCUCGGAAGACAUCCAGCAAGGUCCUGCAUCUGCGUCGGCGUUCGCGCUCAAUGCCAUUUCCGGAAGGCGCGAGCUUGCGCUCGACUGCUUUGCGUACCUCUCAUUCCACGAUUUCCAUUCGGGGCCCUGCCAAACAGCGGAAGCGUUCGCGAGACGUCUGGCAAGCCAUCCUUUCUUGCGACACGCAUCUACCGCGUGGACCUACUACCUUAGAGGAACAGAUCCUUCAGCGCAACUGGACGAUAAAAUCCUCGGAUUCUUCUCCCCGCAAAACCGCGAGGCAUUCAUGUCCUGGAUACAAGUUCUUAACGCCGACUCAAACUUCAAGUGGGACCUAUAUCCCCGGCACGCCACUGCGCUCUGUUACGCCGCCUCAUUCGGUUUACUCCACGUAGUGAACCAUCUCAUAGAACACGGCGCGGAUCUAGACGCUCCAGGAAGCCGGUUUGGCGGCACAGCCCUCCACGGCGCCGUCUUCCGCUACCACACGCCAGUCAGUGAGGCUCUCCUUAAAGCAGGCGCCAACCCGAACCGAGCCGACUUCGACAAGGUCACCCCUCUCCAUACCGCUUCCGCUCAGGGUCACAUCGAGUCCAUCAAGUUGCUGCUUGCACACGGGGCGUCAAAGGAAGCCCGAGACCGCGGUGGAGAGGCGCCGGUAGAUUGGGCGAUUAAAUCGGAUCAGAAGGAAUCGCAAGGCCUGUUUCGUAUUCAAGGAUUCUUAGAUCUCCUCUUUACUUAA